AUGAGCUCGUCAAGUCGACACUUUCCAAACGACAAAUCGCUCUCUCAUCACGUGUGCGACGCCCACCAAGAACUCCUCGCCUCCCUCACGCGCAUCAACACCCACAAUCCUCCCGUCCAGACAUGCUCGACCGGCUGGACCUUCCACGGCCUCUACUAUGGCCCCACAUCUGUGGCGUACUUGUUCUACCGCCUCUCUCAAAUCUACCCGGACCUCACCUUCAAGGGCCAAUCACUUCUGGACUGGGUUCAGGCAUAUCUGGACCUGGGGGCUCAGUCCGCCAAUCGCCGUGAAGCUGUCGAUUCGAGUCACUGUGGGAUCGGGAACGAAGUCCUUGCACAGCUUGCCAUCCGGGCGGCGAUGGAGGAGGAUCCCAGCCUCGCCCAGGAACUGUGUGCCUAUGAGAGUGUCAUCAAUGGCGCGGGCGGGUCCGACGAGUGGCUGUACGGCCGCGCGGGAUAUCUUUAUUACUUGCGCCUAGCGCGCUCUGGCUUUGGUGAGGAGGGCUCAAGGGCGAGGGACCUGCUCGAGGCCACCAUCGACAAGACCGUGCGGCGGAUCCUGGCCUCGAAACAGCCCUGGACGUGGCACGGCAAGGCGUACCUCGGCGCCGCGCACGGCGCGUUCGGCAUCCUGUGCCAGAUGGUCCUCUCGUCUCCGCCGUGUGUCCAGGCUGUCGAGCAUCUCCUCUCGUCCCUCCUCGAGACGCAACUCCCCAGCGGGAACUUCCCGUCCUCUUUACCCCCCGGGUCCGACAGACUGGUCCAGUUCUGCCACGGCGGACCGGGCGUCGUCCUGGCCCUGAGAUCUCUCCGGCCGCAUUUCCCCAUCCUCAAGGGGAAGAUCGACUCGGCGAUCAAAGCCGCCCAGGAAGACAUUUGGGAGAGGGGCCUGCUCACCAAACAGCCGUGUCUGUGUCAUGGCAUAGCGGGCAAUGCGCUGGCCCUGGACGACGACACGCAGUUUCGGCAUUUCCUGGCGUGCAUGUCCACCGAAGCCCUCGAGGGCGAUUUCGGGUGGUUGGGGGACGCCGGGCGAGACGACCAGCUUGUCGCUCUGUAUACGGGAGAGGCGGGGAGGGCGUGGGCAUGGGCCGUUGCGGACAAGGGACUCGGUGAAAAGACAUGCAUUGGUUUCAACGAUCUAUGA